AGAAAAGCCCGCGUUUCCUUCGCAACAUCGCUAGACCGUCCUUUCUGGCCUUCCCCGAGCUAUGGGGGAAGCUGGCAGCAAGGUCUUGGAUUUGGACGUGGAGGAGAGCACUGCAGUCUCUGCUGGGGCGAAGGAUGCUGCCCCUUCCUCCUCAGAGAUCUCAGAGAAACCCGAGGAUGCGGCUGCUUCAUACUCAGAGAAACACCAGGAUGCGGCUGCUUCAUUCUCAGAGAAACCUGAGGAUGCGGCUGCUUCAUCCUCAGAGAAACCCCAGGAAAGAAGAAGCGAGAACAGAGUAGAGUUGCUGGAACGCAGCAAAUUGACAAGCUGUGGACAUGGUGCAAAGGCUUCAUUUGUGGCCGCGUGAAGGGGCCUCGAGCCCCGUGCUACCAUGUUUUUUGGGCGCGCCCUGACCUGGCACAUGGUAGGUUUCGUUGCAAAACUUUUCCACAGGAUGCGGCUGCUUCAUUCUCAGAGAAACCUGAGGAUGCGGCUGUCAAACGCUGUCGCUCUGAGUUCACUUGCAAAAUGCGAGGAAAGAAGAAGCGAGAACAGAGUAGAGUUGCUGGAACGCAGCAAAUUGACAAGCUGUGGACAUGGUGCAAAGGCUUCAUUUGUGGCCGCGUGAAGGCAUGCAUCGAUGGCCUGCCCAACCCACAGUUGUUCAGCCAAGCAUAUCAGUAUGUAUGGAGAAAAAAACAAUGUCGACAAGGACUUGUUCCAACUGUUGGCCACGGAACUGAAAAAUUGACGAUAAAAACAAUUCUU